AAUACUACCAUUACAGAGCACCUGCAGGAAGUGCAAGAGACUGCCCUGGGGGGAAACAGAAAGAGACUGCACAGUACUGGAGAUUACUCUGCACCAAACAACGAAAAUAUCAAAAAGGGGGGGGGGAAUCUGCUCUAAGUAAGUAGUUACAAAGAGACUGCACAUUCCUGAAUAGGAGACUGUUCUACCUACAUCAUAGAAAAACAGACGGCAUGUUCCUGGAUAUUAGACAAAAGUACCUCAAUAAACUGGAACAGAAGACAAGUCUAAAGUGAUACGAGAGACAAGUCUAAAGUGAUACGAGAGACUGCUCUAGACAAACAUGGGGACAACCAAGCCUGCAGAAGUUUGAAUGAGAGACUGCUCCAGAGUGCUGCAGAAAAUCUGAGCAAGAUUUCUUUCUGGGAGAGUAUAAAGUAAACUUCAGCAAGGCCCCCCAGAGAAAUCUGCAGCAGAGAUUUUAUAAACACCUGGGGCAAAUGGAGCCUGCACAGGCAGCUUCACUGUGAGUGACCGCUAGACACAGAAACACCAAAAGAAAUGCAUGUCUAAUAAAAGACAUUGAGAAAAGUGAUUUCAAAAGAGACUGAGGAAAAGCAGUCCUUCCGCUGACCUGAGAGGAGGAGCAGACAGCCUCACCCACACGCAGAGAGUGUUCAGAGGAGAGGCAAAGAGCACAGGGAGACAAGCACCUGCAAAAUGAUUCAGAGACAGCUGCAUAGAAUGAGACAGCUGGCCAACCAUGGCCCAGGCAGAUCUCAGGAUGUUACAGACAUACUGACCGAGGAUUUGCUGCUGGCAGAUCAGCAGGUGGAACCAGUAAAGAAGUUGGCUCACCUGGUUGGGAAACGCCUGAUCAGUUGUUUGCAGGCCCCUGCUGGCUCUGAUAGGGAAAAGAAAUUGAGGAAGCUGGCUCUUUCAUCUCUAUCAUGGACUAUGGCAGAAUGUCUCAAGGAAAUUGAUACCGAAUCAAGGAUGAGGAGGACCUUGGAGAUGGGCUGCUGUGUAGAGGGAAUUCUGUCACAAGACCUGGCAGACUUUGAAAUAAGCCUAGAGAAGGAGGUGUUACAGCCACUCACCAAACUGAGCGAGGAAGAUUUGCCAACCGUCCUGAAGCACAGAAAACAGCUCCAGAAACUGAUCACAGACUGGAACAGCGCCAAGAGCAGGCUGUCUCAGACCCAGAAGAAUAUUAAUGCAGGGCAAGGAGGUGGCAGCACAGGAACAGCAGCAAAACUGGAGAGUCUCAAAGAGGAGGAGGAAGAACUAAGGAGAAAACUAGAACAGAGCAAGGAUGAGUACAUUGCUGAUCUCUAUAACUACACCACCAAGGAGAAAGAGUGUGAGAGAUAUGUUAUUCAGCUACUGGAACUGCAAGCUGAAUAUCAUAAGAAGUCGCUGAGUCACCUAACAGAAGCCCUGGAGGAACUAAAAGACCUUCAGAAUGAGACAGUCCAGGAUUCAAUAGAGCAGCCAUCUGCAGAGGUGUAUGGAGCCCCCUUGGAGACCCAUCUGGCCAAGUUUGAGUGUGAGAUUGCUGUGCCCAUAUCUGCCUGUGUGAGGAUGCUGCUUAGCCGAGGAAUGCAAGAAGAGGGUCUCUUCCGACUGACUGCUGGGGCCUCAAUACUGAGGAAACUUAAGGCCUGUUUGGGAGCUGGAGCCAGUGACCUGAGCAACUUUAUGUCUGAGCCACAUGCAGUAGCAGGUGCUCUGAAAUCAUACCUUAGAGAACUUCCUGAACCUCUUAUGACCUAUGAAUUGUUUGAUGACUGGAUGACUGCUGGCAGCACCAAAGACCCUGAGAAACGUCUGGAGUGUUAUCGACAGUUGUGCAAGAAGCUACCACCAGCCAACUACAACAACCUCAGGUACCUCAUUAAGUUUAUGGCAAAGCUUGCAGAGCACCAAGAGGUAAACAAGAUGACUCCAAGCAACAUUGCUAUUGUGCUUGGUCCCAACCUUCUGUGGGCUAAAAGUGAUGGAGAGACAUCCUUAUGGGACAUGGCCUCAGCUUCCCCUAUCAUGAUGGUCAGUGUGGUUGAAGGAUUGCUAAACUGUGCUGCAAGCCUCUUUCCAGAAGAUGUUGAUUUUGGGGUUUCUGAGGCAUACCCUGACACAUCCUCUGUCUUGCCAAUUAAGAAUCAGGAUUGUCCGAAAGCAGAAGAGACAACACCUCCGCCAUCCAACGUUUAUGAAAACACAGAAAGUGUCUCUGAAUGUUUGACAGAAUGGGAAGAGCAGACAAAGUUGGCCUCUCAAAAGGCUCUUCCUCCUAUUGACGAGAAUAAUUCCACAACCACAAAAGUAGAAGGAAGCCCCACAACCAUGCGUAAAGUAAAGAGACAAGCGCCUCAGCGUCCCAACAUUCCACCUCCUAUUCAACCUCAGACCAAUCCAAGUACAGAAGCAGCAGAGAGUUACAACAGCCCAAAACCAAUCCCCCGCAGAAGUAUGAGUGGCAGUCUCAAGGUCCCUAAUAAGCCCCCACCACACCCACCGCUCCCACUUCAAAUAGCUAAAAGUGCAGUGGAAGGGGACAAUGAAUCACCAACAAAGAGUCCACCUCCAAGACCUCUUCCAAGGAAUCGAAUUCAGUCAACAGAAAACUGAAGCCUUUUUCUUACAGAUCUAGAAACUGCAGAGUCUACUGUCGCAUGAUGCCCAGUUAAUGUAUAUGCAACAAUCUCUUGUGAAUGUAAAUGAAGCUAUUUGCUAUUUAACAGAGCUCUGAGGCCAUUUUCGAUUUAGUUAGAUAUAAACUUCUCCACAAAUCAAUAAGCAAUCAGUCCCAACCCCCAUUAGCAUAUUCAGAUUUGAACACAAUCAGCAAAACUGCAUUCUUUCAGAACCAACGUGUAACAACAUCAAAUGUUCACCACUAUGAAAAAGGGAUGCAGAUGUAAUGUAGUGUUCUUGUGGAUUAAUGCCACCCAUAUCGAGAUCCAAUGAAUAGGGCAAGACUCAUGUUGAACAUACUUUUGCCUAUUUUAAUUUUUUUUUUAAAAAUCUAUGCUUUUUGUUAUUUCUUAAGAUGAACAAGCACAAGAAAUAACAAAAACCAUAGAUUGUUUUUGUAACCCCUUUAAAGAAUAGGUAAAGCUGGCCAUCCACUAUAAGAUCUGCUUGUUGGCAAGGUCGCCAAACAAGCAGAUAUUCCUCCAACAUGCCAACCAACAGGUGGGCGAUAUUGGGCUUAUAUGAUCAUUCGGCCCUAUGGCCAAACAAUUGGAUUAAAUGACGGUCAAACCAGCCAAUGAGACGAGGUCAGAACCAACUAUCCUAUGUGGUCCUCGAUCGGGUGGGAAAAUCAAACCUGCCUGAUCAAGAUCUGGCUGAUGUUUGGCCAGAUAUCGGUCUGGGAGGCCUGUCGGAGGGAUCCAUACACUGGUAGAUAGCCUGCCGAAUAGGACUAAAAGACAAGAAUCGGCAGCUAAAAUCUGCCUGUGUAUGGCCACCUUAAGACUUUUAUUUUAAAAACCCCUAAAAUUACUCUAAACAGCCCCCAGAAUAACAUACAUUUCUUUCUCAUGUAUGUCUUGUUUUGUUUCUCCUUCACAAGCAGUUCAGCUACUGCUCUUUUAGCUACUUCCUUGUUUAACAUGAAGCUCCACCCCAUUUAUUUUCUGAGCUCUCCUUCCCUCUCCGACUGUGAAGACGUCAAAGAGGAGUCUACUGUGCAUGCUCACUGGCUCUCCUCCAUUGAAAAUCAGUAGACACCUCUUUGACAUUGCUGCAGCUAGGGUUGCCACCUGGCCGGUAUUUUACCAGCCUAGCCGGUAAAAUACCUGCCGGGGCUGGUAAUACAAAUUUACCGACAAUGUAGCUGCUGGUAAUUUGUAAUAUCUAUAACAAAAGCCCUUUGCCCUCCAGUAGAAACUUACCUCUUUCGUCUUCUGCCCCUCUCGCGAUGGGGCCCGUCCCCUUUGCAUCACGACGCACACGAUUCUGCCCCUUUUUAUGUCACAUCCGCCCAUUUACCCAUGGCUCUGCCCCUUUUUACAUCACACCGUUACCGCCCCAUCACUGGCCGGUAAAUUUUUUUGAAAAAGGUGGCAACCCUAGCUGCAGAUGCACUGCUUUGUCAUAGAGACAUGAAAUGAGAGAAAUUAUGUUAUUCUGGUGCCUGUUUAGAGAGAGAAAAAAGACUUACUUCUUCUUUAAUGAGCACUUUAGGUGGUUAUGGUGCUGUGUACUACUAUAUGUAAAAGGGAGCAGCAAUCUCACUUCUGGUGUUUUUAGACUAAAUAAUUUAUAUUUGUGAACUGUUGUAGCCCCAGAAAUGCACAGAUUUGAAAAGCGGUGUCCCCUAAAAAGUGGCACUGCUACUUUAUAUUAAAAAAUCUACAAAAUUUGGUCAGAUCAUCAUGACACCGUCAGACUGGGUCUCCUAAGGCCCACCAGAGAACCAGACAGGGUGGGCCCACUGUCACAGGAAUGAAAUAUAAAUAGUGCCAAAUUAUAAUGGGCCACUGUGGAAAUAAGGAUGGGCAGAUGGAAACUAUCCUAUGUUGGGGUCCAAUGGGAGAUGUUUUGGUACUCUGGUAGGCCAGUCUGACCCUGCCUGUUGCAUACUGGGGAUUAAGUAUGUGGAUUUGGUUUACU